AAAAACCUCCUAAACAUUGGGGCUGUGUUGCAUAUUUUAAAAUUCGCUGCAUUUUAAUAAUUAACAACAUCAAAUGUAUCAAAGACUUUUAAGAAAAAAACUCUCCAGAGGAUUUUCAAGUCAAAUACAAACCACAAAAGCUUUUAUCGAGAACUGGAAGAGCGUCGUUGGCUUAGAGGUGCACGCGCAACUACUAACUGAUUCAAAACUCUUCUCUGGAAGCAACAAUGUAUUUGGAGCGCCGCUUAAUACAGCGGUCUCGUAUUUAGAUGCUUCUCUGCCGGGUACAUUGCCAGUUCUUAAUCGGAAAUGCGUUGAACUUGGAGUAAAGACAGCUGUCGCGCUCGGAUGUCGUGUCAACGAAACGUCUAUGUUUGACCGUAAACAUUAUUUCUAUGCGGACUUACCGGUUGGAUACCAAAUAACACAACAAAGAGCAGCCUUGGCGAAUGAUGGCGAGCUGAUGUUUCCAGUUAUUGUGCCGGGAAAAAAAACUUACUAUAAGAAAGCUCGGUUAUUACAACUACAAUUGGAACAAGACAGUGGAAAAUCUUUGCACGACGAAGAAUUAAAGAGAAGCCUUGUUGACCUCAACCGGGCUGGGGCGCCACUUAUAGAACUGGUGUUCGCUCCAGAUUUAGAAACUGGCGAGGAAGCAGCAUCCUUAGUAAAGGAAUUGAUACUGAUUCUUAAGUGUCUAAGGUCAUGUUCCUGCAAAAUGGAAGAGGGAGCUCUUCGCGUUGAUGCUAAUAUAUCAAUUCACAAGAAUGGGGAACCUUUAGGAGUCCGUACUGAAAUUAAAAACAUUGGUUCAGUGCGGAGUAUUUCUCAGGCAAUCACAUUCGAAAUACAACGCCAAUUUGGAGUUGUAUCCAAGGGAGGCGUUAUCACAAAUGAAACACGGGCAUGGGAUGCAACCACGCGAUGCACGGUGCCUAUGCGUGAUAAAGAAGUUUUACAAGAUUAUCGAUUUAUGCCAGAACCAAAUUUACCGCCGCUACGUUUAGAUUUAAAUAAAACAACGUCCUCUUGUACAGAUUUUCUAUCCGUAGCAUCAAUUGUAAAGGAACUACCUGAACUGCCAGAGGAUACCAGAUCAAAUCUAAUCAAAAAAUAUCAGUUAAAUCAAGAUCUAGCUGUUAUACUUGUGAAUGAAGCCAUUUUGUUGCAAUACUUUUUAAAUAUAAUGGAGCACCGUUCUGAUAUGCCCGCUAAACUGGUGACAAACUUUUUAAUAAAUGAUCUUUUGACUUUUUGCAAUAAAGCUAAUAUAGAUGUCGAAGACUGGUAAGUACACAUAAACGGCUAAUAUGUUUACAUAGUUUUCAAAAUCGUGUCGUUAUUUAUUUAAGAUAAUGUGGUCAUUAACUUAGAACAUU